AUGUCCUCCGGAUUUGUAUCAGGUGGUACUGCAGAUGCUCCAACUGAGCGCAGUGAUGAAUGGUUAGCCGCUCAACAAGAAAUCGAGGCUAAUAGACAACGAAAAGCUAUCGAAGCUAGACAACAAGAUGGAAAGAGCUUGUUCGAGAUCCUAGAAGCAAAUAAAGCUGCCAAACAAGAUGCAUUCGAAGAAGCCAAUAAACUCAAGAAUCAAUUCCGAUCAUUAGAUGAAGAUGAAAUCGAGUUCUUGGAUUCUGUUCUAGAAAGUACGAGGGCUGAGGAAGAUAGAGUGCGAAAAGAAACUGCGGAGGGGCUAGAGCUAUUUAGAAGACAACAAGAAGAUGCAGACAAGAAGGCGAGAGCAGCAGAUGAUGAUGGAGCACAAACACAAGAUGGUUCGCCGGUGCGGGGGGAUGAAUGGGGCACUACGGGUCGAAAGCGCAAGCGUACGAAGGAUAAGGAAGUACUGAAAGGAGUCAAAGUUAGGAGAGCUUCAUCUUCCGCAGAACAAGCUUCAUCCUCCACAUCUACCAAAGAAAUGUCAACGAAACCUGCGAAAGACGAUUUUGACUCAAUUGCAACGAAUACUAAGCCACCGGCUUCUAAAGAUUCAGCCAAAAUCUCGGACUCAAAGCCUGCAAAGGUAGCACCCAAGCCUGUGGCAGCCAAAAAGCCAUCACCUCCCCCAUCCAACAAAGCACUAGGACUGGUAGAUUAUGGAUCUGACGAGGAUUCUGACUGA